AUGAAACUGUGCAAAACCAGGAAUUAUUCGAAAACAAAGUAAAAGUUGAUUUAGCCAACCUCUGUAUGGGGGCUAUUCAAGCCACGUUCUGUAACAAUCCUCAGUUUCUUCUUGACGUAUCUGAACCAGGAGAAAUCAUGCUGGCGUUGACACAAAGUGAAGCCAACGAAGGGAUGAAGAAAAGAGAUCCUUAUGUGACAAUUGGCAUCCAUGUGAUGAGGGUUGAGAAGAACAGAGUGCAUCGUGUGCAUCAGGCAAUGACGCCCGCUGCAACGUCUGACUAUGCUAGUGCACGCUCCAUAUUUCUUCAUCUAAGAGAUAUUCCGGUUGGCAGGUAUAUAGUUUUGCCAACUACGUUUGCUCCAAGAGAGCAGUCAGCGUUCAUGUUACGAAUCUAUUCGAAUCACAAGGUACAUCCUCGAGCUCUUCUGGAAGUGGGUUCAUUUUUAUUAUGGCUCCAGCAAUAG